CCCCUCCCGCGAGCGGCCGGCUUCUUCUCCGCCCUCCGAGAUGGCGCUGGACCCCGCAGAGCCACAUCUCAGACAUGUGGAAAAAGAUGUUCUGAUCCCAAAAAUAAUGAGAGAAAAGGCCAGAGAGAGGUGUUCUGAACAAGUUGAAGAUUUCACCAGAUGUUGCAAGGACUCUGGAAUCCUUAUGGUAGUAAAAUGCCGGAAAGAAAAUUCUGCAUUGAAAGACUGUUUAACUGCUUAUUAUAAUGAUCCAGCCUUCUAUGAAGAAUGCAAACUGGAAUAUCUCAAGGAAAGGGAAGAAUUCAGAAAAACCGGAGUUCCUACCAAGAAGAGGCUACAAAAACUUCCUACAAGCAUGUAGGCAAAUAGUGAGUCAGGAAGCCACAUCUUAUGGAAGCCACUUGUAAUGUGUCAGAAAUGAUGGACUGAAACAAUGUUUGCUCACCCUAAUCAUGAAAAUACUGAUUCUUUUUUAUGAAAUAAAAAUCUACUUCAGA